AUGAAAAAGACGGUAGUGAGGAACAUUGUUGACCCGUCAAAACGAACGAACACCGUCAAAAUCGAAACACAUAAAAUGGUGAAGGCCUUCACAUCACUGGACUCUUCAUUCAGACGAUUGAGAACGUUUGCGCUUGACUCGAAGUGUGUUUUACUUCUGCCUCCAAACUCAUUGUUGACUGACAUUGAAAUCACUCCAAUGUUUCUUGCAAGUCACUUGGCAAUAUUAGAUGCUACCCACAGACUUGUCACAUUCUCAUAUAUACCCGGUACUCUUCAAGACUCUACUCUUCGACUUUACCCAACGAUUGAGAAAACUAACUCAUACGAUACACUCUUUAGAAGAGCAGAGGAGUCAAUAGUCAAUAACUCCCCCUUUCAUACAACAACCGUCUCGGGAAGUAACGAUUUGUAUUGGAUGGACCAACAACUUCUACUCUUACACAUCGAUAACAUUUUGUUCUAUCAAACGGCGCCGUGGGCGUGGAAAGAAGAGACCCUCUUUGAGACCAUUAUCUACACCAUUUCGUUGACUUUUGUCGGCAUCGUCGAUUUCUUGAAGAUAAACGAAACAGGAGAACCACAUUUUUUGUCGCUGGAGAGUCGCCAAAAGCUCCGCAAUCUGGCGAACGAAGAAACCGUCAUAUUCAAAAUCAUUACUUUGGACAAGAUCAUAUUGAGUCAAAUCGAAUCGUUCGUUCUCAAGUUUCCUUUGAUGGUUCGGAAGACGUCGUUACAAGAGAGAGAAAAGGUCGUUCGAACUUAUUGUAAAACAACCGUCGAUGACCUUCGGAAGAGUAAAUCGUAUUGUUUGAUGGAUGAGACCCGCUUAGUGUCCGUAUUCACUCGUAUCAUCAUUCACAGAGUGUUCCCAUAUAUUUGGACACCUUCAAUAUGUCUCCUUGAAAACAGUAAAAGCGACGUAACAAGCAGAGACUACGCUAUAUGGAGAAAUGCGCAUUUACACAAUUUCUUGAUGCCACGGCAUCUUGGACUGCCGGAUAAAGACAUUCCUUUUGAGAAGGAUUUGGUGAAGUACUUGUGUCUUGUUGAUAGCGUGCGGUAUCCAAAUGAUAAGUUGGAGUAUUUGUAUGAUGUGUAUCAAGUUGUUCAGUUAAUUACGGAAAAAGUUUUGAAGGAAAAAGAUGUCGUCAAAGUACUUCAAUACCUUGUCAUCAAGGCCAAUUCCCCAUAUAUGGCGAGUACUCUAGAGUUCAUUAAUACUUUUGGUAAUGUGUCUGGCGCAUCAACGAAUAAAAUUGAGGUCUUAAAGGUGUAUCAAGACGCGUGCGAGUUGUGCGAACAACUCUGUAUGAAGUCGUUGAAGAUUGAGGAAGGCGUCUAUGACACCGGCAUCAUCAAAGCAAAGGAAGAAUCUUUUACUGUCGAUCAGUCAUCACCCCCACUCUCUAAUACACAAAUUUUGAGUCUGCUCAAUUUCCGGACAGCAAGUAAGACAAUGCGGAUUGAAGCACUCCUUGCAACACCGGCAGAGGCCGUGAAAAACGAGGACAUCCCAGGACUCAUACAACUCCUUCAAGAAAUUCACGACGAGAAUAUCAAACUCCAGAGAUUUAUCAACCAAAAUAAUUGA